AUGGAGAAGCACCUAAAGAUAUGGGCUUUACUCCUUUUAGCUACUGGUGCUUAUGCUCAAAAUACCUCAGUGUCUGUGUCAUGUGGCAGCUCGCACCUCGUGAUCUCCGUGCCGGUGGAUCUCUUUGGGUCCGGUGUGGUAGUUGGUGCCAGUGAACUGACUCUAGGAGCUGGCUGUGCUGUGACAACAGAACGCUCAGAUCAGCUCCUGCUGGAAUACCCUCUUUUCUCCUGUGGGGCCACCAGAAAACUUCUUCCAGAUAGCAUUCAUUAUAGAAAUGUUCUCCACUACAAUCCUGUGGCUCCAAAUGGGGUGAUCCGGGCCAGGGGCUUCUCUCAUCUCAUCGACUGCUUCUAUCCUAGGUCCUGGAACAUCUCAUCUCUUGCACUCCAGCCCACUUGGGUCCCUUUCAGUUCCACGGUGGUGGACAGACAACGCCUGAACUUUGCCCUUGAAGUUUAUGACAGUACUUGGUCACUGCCAGUGUCUGAGCCCACCUACUAUCUCGGGGACCUAAUCAACAUCCAGGCAUCAGUCAGGAAGGGCAACCACGUGCCUCUGAAGAUCUACGUGGAUGAGUGUGUCGCCCGACCAAGUGCUGAGUCAACUGUGAAAUACGAGGUCAUCACAAACCACGGGUGCCUCGUCGAUGGGCAGUACGGCCACUCCCGCUUCCUUGCCCCGCCAGGAGAUGGAACCCUCCGCUUCCAGCUGGACACAUUCACCUUCACUGGGGCCUCCAGCAACCAGAUCUACCUGAUCUGCCAUUUGAAGGCAGUAUCUGUCGGCUCCGUGGACCGUCUCAACAAGGCCUGCUCCUACGAUCUGGCGAUGGCAACCUGGAGCUCCCACGAAGGGGCAGACUGCUCGUGCUGCGCAUCUCCAGGUGGCUGUGGCACCCGGAGGAGGAGGAGGAGGGGGCAGCCCCAACAGCGGAAAGGGCUGUUUGGAGAAGCAAACCUGAAGUUUGGUCCUAUCAGGGUGAAUGCAGAGCGGAUGAACUCCUCCAGCACCUUGGACCCACUCUCUGUGUUGAGCACUUCCACCACACCCAAGACACCUCAUGCUGCCAGACUGCCUCCUAACCAAGUGGUCAAUAUCAUCAUGAGAGGGGGAGUGAAAGAAGGUUCCUCAGAGAUCCAAUGAACCAACAGGCGAU